CGUGAAUGCAGCACCGUCGUCUGUAUUCUUCACGCAGCGUCUCUCCGCGGCCAUGGUAACACUUCCCUUAACACUGGACCUCUGAUUCAAAAAAGACAAACAAGUGCUUUUCAUGCAGCUUCUUUUCAGCAUGAAUUUGGCCGACAUAUGUGACAACGCCAAGAAGGGUCGUGAGUAUGCACUGCUGGGGAACUAUGACUCCUCCAUCGUGUACUACCAGGGUGUCAUUCAACAGAUCCACAAGCACUGCCAGUCCCUCAGAGACCCUGCACUUAAAGUCAAAUGGCAACAGGUCAGGCAGGAACUGACUGAAGAGUAUGAGCAGGUGAAAGGCAUCAUGGGAACACUGGACAGCUUUAAGUCCGAGAAGCCAGUCGACAUUCUGGCCCCUCAAUAUGAUGAGAGACCUGAGGAUCCAGCAGUGUGGCCCCCUCCCACGCCUGCAGAACACAGGAAUCCUGUUGCAGUGAAGCGACCCAACAGUGCAGUAAAGCAGAGGAAGGAGUCCCCUGGUCUGCCGCGUCGAGGGGCAGGCCCUGGAGGCCGUGGCCAGGUCAACACUAAACAAGACCGGCCGGGUUACAGGGAGGCAAGAGGUCCAAAAGCCAAGGAUGAUAAGCAGGGAAAGAAAGGGAUCGGAGAAACACCAGGGGAUGUAGAGCAGAAGAAGUUUGAUGGUACGGGACAUGACAGUGACCUGGUGGACUCGCUGGAGAGAGAUAUUGUGUCCCGUAACCCUAACAUACACUGGGAUGACAUCGCUGAUCUGGAGGAUGCCAAGAAGCUGCUGAGAGAAGCUGUGGUUUUGCCCAUGUGGAUGCCUGACUUCUUUAAGGGCAUACGUCGCCCCUGGAAGGGCGUUUUAAUGGUCGGCCCUCCAGGGACAGGCAAGACCAUGUUGGCCAAAGCCGUCGCCACAGAAUGUGGGACUACUUUCUUCAACGUGUCCUCCUCCACCCUCACCUCCAAAUACAGAGGAGAGUCAGAAAAACUUGUUCGCCUGCUGUUUGAAAUGGCCCGGUUUUAUGCACCCACAACCAUCUUCAUAGACGAGAUUGACUCCAUUUGUGGCAGAAGAGGAACAUCUGACGAACAUGAAGCAAGCCGCAGGGUCAAAUCAGAGCUUCUGGUUCAGAUGGAUGGUGUGGGGGGAGCCCUGGAGAACGAUGACCCCUCUAAGAUGGUGAUGGUCCUCGCUGCCACAAACUUUCCCUGGGAUAUUGACGAGGCGUUGCGACGACGGCUGGAGAAAAGGAUCUACAUUCCCCUGCCCACAGCUGUGGGUCGCGUGGAGCUUCUUAAGAUCAACCUGAGGGAGGUGGAGGUUGCAGCUGAUGUGAACCUUGACUUCAUAGCCGAGAAGAUCGAGGGCUACUCGGGAGCCGACAUCACCAACGUCUGCAGGGAUGCAUCCAUGAUGGCGAUGCGUCGUCGAAUCCAAGGCCUGACUCCUGAGGAGAUCCGAGCUCUGCCCAAAGACGAGCUGCAGAUGCCCGUGACCAUGGAGGACUUCACCCUGACGCUCAAGAAGAUCUCCAAGUCUGUUUCUGCCGCAGACCUGGAAAAAUACGAGGCCUGGAUGUCUGAGUUUGGGUCAGUAUAAAGAAACGGUACAUUUAAGACCUGUGGCGGGAAGACCAUCUAAUGGAGGACUGGCAGCUUUGAAAAUGAUGAAAGGCCUUGAAGAGUGGGGAACCAGGCAGCACAUCAGGGCUCCAGGUGAAACAUGGGAACAUAUGAACUUUGACUUCACCGUUGCCCUUUCAUAUAUUCUCCUCUCAUUGUUUUCCUUGUCGAUAAUCUCUACCAUCCCGCUGCAGACUGACUUGAGAAAGAACAGGGACUUUUAUCGUACAGAGUAGCCUGAUGCACACAGGUAGACCAGGGAAUGCACUAGUUUUACAUAUUAGGGCCUCUUGCAAGAACAUUGUCGUGUUAUUAUAGAUUUCAUAAGUUGAUUAAUGCAAACUUUGAGUUUGUAAGAUUUAAUCAUUUGGAUUAUCAAAACACCUCAAAUUGGAACAUGGUUCCCUUUUUGCUUCAUUUUGUCACAAAAAAAACGUGUUCACCUCGACAUCCAGCUGCUUAAGAACCAACACUGUAGGUGCAAGAAUUACUGUCUUUUUCUUCUCAGCUAAGCCACGACCACACAAUUGAUUUUCCAGUCAGUUCUUUAAUUUAAAAUUGUAUUUAAUCCCGACAUUCGCGGCAUGAUUAGCACAACAUUUUCGACCAGGUAUGGAUUUGUUUCAUAUCUCUUCAGUACAAGAACAUAGUGCAAAAUGUAUUCAAUGCGCUUCAAUAACUCAAUAACAAGAGGAACUUAAGAACAGAUUUGUGAUUCUUGCAAGAGGCCCCUUUGUCUUAAAGAAUUGUACGUUUGAGCACUUUGAAUUAAAUGUAAUGUAUCUCCUAUGAGAGCUCAUACUACUGACUGAAAACACUUGAAAAACCACAAUGUCUGUGUUUCUGUAAUGACCGAUUAUGUUUGUGUUUUUUUGUUUUUUUUAACAUAUUUGUCUUGAGUUUUACUUCAGUUGAGUCAAACACAUGUAGUAGCACGCCUGUAGGAGACAGAUAACCCUCAUUUUAAACCAUGCCUUCUUAAUGGUUCCUAUGUUGUGUAUUAAAGUGAUCUAACCCUGAGUCA